AUGCAAAUCAAGUUCCUAAUUGUCUUGUCCGCUGUCUUGAUGCUGAUUUUCCUGGGAGCGGAAGAAUCACACGCCGACUGCCUUUCCGGAAGAUAUAGGGGUUCCUGUGCUGUGUGGCACAGGAAGAAGUGCAGAGAUAUCUGCCAGAGAGAAGGACGAACCAGUGGACACUGCAGCCCCAGUCUAAAAUGCUGGUGCGAAGGAUGCUGA